AGACAUCAGCAAGAAUCAAAUAUCUGACAUUGCUCCUGAUGCAUUCAAAGGCUUGAAAUCUCUCAUUUCAUUAGUGCUCUAUGGAAACAAGAUCACAGAGAUUCCCCAGGGCCUUUUUGAUGAUCUUGUGUCUCUGCAGCUGCUGCUUCUCAAUGCCAAUAAGAUCAACUGCCUGAGGGUAAACACGUUCCAAGGUCUGCAUAAUCUCAAACUGCUAUCUCUUUAUGACAACAAACUGCAGACCAUCAGCAAGGGGCUCUUUGCACCUCUCCGAUCGAUCCAGACUCUACAUUUAGCUCAGAAUCCAUUUGUGUGCGACUGCCAUUUGAAGUGGCUGGCUGAUUACCUGCAGGAUAAUCCGAUAGAAACCAGCGGCGCUCGAUGCAGCAAUCCGCGUCGCCUUGCCAACAAACGAAUCAGCCAGAUCAAGAGCAAGAAGUUCCGCUGCUCAGGGUCAGAGGAUUACAGAAGUAAAUUCACCGGGAAGUGUUUCAUGGACCUUGUCUGUCCUGAGAAGUGUCGCUGCGAGGGAACAAUUGUAGACUGCUCUAACCAAAAACUUACCCGAUUACCCAGCCACCUUCCUGAAUAUACUACUGAUCUGCGUUUGAAUGACAAUGAUAUUUCUGUUUUGGAAGCUAUUGGACUCUUCAAGAAAUUGCCCAACCUCAGAAAAAUAAAUCUAAGCAACAAUAAGAUCAAGGAGAUCCGAGAAGGCACAUUUGAUGGAGCUUCAGGAGUGCAGGAACUGAUUCUGACAGAGAAUCAACUGGAAUCAGUGCAUGGACGAAUGUUUAGAGGCCUCACAGGGCUAAAGACAUUGAUGCUGAGGAGCAACUCGAUCAGCUGUGUAAACAAUGAUACCUUUGCUGGACUGAGCUCAGUGAGGCUUCUUUCUCUGUAUGACAAUCACAUCAGCACUAUCACCCCUGGAGCCUUCAGCACAUUGGUCUCUUUGUCUACAAUUAAUUUGCUGGCUAAUGCCUUUAAUUGUAACUGCCAUUUGGCCUGGCUGGGAAAAUGGUUGAGGAAGAAGAGAAUUGUCAGUGGAAAUCCACGCUGCUUGAAACCGUUUUUCUUAAAGGAUAUUCCAAUCCAAGACGUAGAUGUCCAAGACUUUACCUGUGAUGGUAAUGAUGAGAGCAGCUGCUUGCUUUCACCUCCUUGCCCUUCCCAGUGUACCUGUGUGGACUCGGUGGUACGCUGCAGCAACAAAGGGCUGCGGAUAUUGCCCAAAGGAAUUCCCAAAGAUGUAACUGAGCUAUACUUGGAAGGCAACCAUCUGACUGCUGUGCCAAAGGGGCUCUCCACCUUCAGACACCUGACACUGAUUGAUUUGAGCAACAACAGCAUAAGUGUGUUGGCCAAUUACACCUUUAGCAACAUGACCCAGUUAUCAACACUCAUCUUGAGUUACAACAGACUUCGGUGCAUUCCGGUCCACGCGUUCGAUGGGCUCAGGUCUCUUCGAGUGCUGACACUCCAUGGAAACGAUAUUUCCACUGUUCCCGAAGGUUCAUUCAACGACCUGGUAUCCCUGUCCCAUCUGGCUCUAGGUACCAACCCUUUGCACUGUGAUUGCAACCUCCGCUGGCUCUCCGAGUGGGUGAAGGCCGGGUACAAAGAGCCGGGGAUAGCCCGCUGCAGCGGGCCCGAUGCCAUGGUGGACAGGCUGCUGCUCACAACACCGACUCACCACUUCCAGUGCAAAGAGCCAGCAGAUAUCAGUGUUGUGUCCAAGUGUAACCCCUGCCUCUCCAAUCCCUGUAAGAACAAUGGCACAUGCAGCAAUGAUCCAGUGGAGUUUUAUCAAUGCACUUGCCCUUUUGGCUUCAAGGGUCGAGACUGCAGUGUGCCCAUUAAUUCUUGCAUUCAAAAUCCAUGUCAGAAUGGAGGGACCUGCCACCUCACCGAGGCAAAUAAAGAUGGAUUCAGCUGUUCUUGUGUCCUUGGGUAUGAAGGGGAGAGGUGUGAAAUAAACCCAGAUGACUGCGAAGACAAUGACUGCGAGAAUAACUCAACAUGUGUGGAUGGGAUCAACAACUAUGUCUGUCUCUGCCCUCCUAAUUACACAGGUGAACUGUGUGAUGAGGUGAUUAACCACUGUGUUCCUGAUCUAAAUCCCUGCCAACAUGAGUCCAAAUGUCUUCCUCUUGACAAAGGAACCAGAUGUGAGUGCUUGCCGGGUUACAGUGGAAAACACUGUGAAAUAGAUGAUGAUGACUGCGUGGGCCAUAAGUGUCACCAUGGAGCUGUCUGCGUCGAUGCAGUCAAUGGCUACACCUGCGUCUGUCCUCAGGGUUUCAGUGGACUUUUCUGUGAAACUCCUCCACCGAUGGUUCUGCUCCAGACGAGCCCAUGUGAUAACUACGAGUGCCAGAAUGGGGCGCAGUGCAUCGUCGUGCACCACGAGCCCGUCUGCCGCUGCCUUGCUGGCUUUGCCGGGCAGAAGUGCGAGAAGCUCAUCACAGUCAACUUUGUUGGGAAGGAUUCCUACGUGGAGCUGCCAUCAGCCAAAAUUCGCCCACAGGCAAACAUCUCUCUCCAGGUAGCAACAGACAAGGACAAUGGCAUCUUAUUAUACAAAGGAGACAAUGACCCUUUGGCUCUGGAGUUGUACCAAGGACACGUGAGGCUCAUCUACGACACACUGAAUUCCCCACCUACCACAGUGUACAG